AUGAACACACACUUUGUUGCUCUUGGCGACGUGGUCAUCGACCAUAUCCCUAUUCAGGCCGACGUGAUGCCUGACCAUAUAUUCGUAAGUUGGAAUGGUCUCAAUGAGACCCCACUACCCGUGGAUGACCAGGAGGAGGACGACCAAGCUUCCUCCCCUGAUGCCCCACCGUCAUCCGAGGUCUCUUCUGAACCGGACGACAAUAAAGACGUACAAGUGACCGUACCAAGCUGUCCUGUCGAGGCGACUGGGCACGAGGCUCCCGUUGUACACGAGAGACCGCCUGAUGCCACCAAUGAGGAUGUGGAAUUGUAUAAUGAAAGUGAUGAUGAAGAUGAGCCCAGCCCUGAGAUAACCGAGAGGCAGCUAGAGGCUGUGAGGACAGCUUCAGAGCAAAUCCAUCUUCAUAGGAGCUUCCAACCUAGACCAUCUCGAGCCAGGGCCCGCUGCAGGUCAGUCAGUUGGGGCCCGCCGGAGAUCAUCGAGACCGAGAAUGGCCCGAUCGUUAGUAACGGAGUUAGUGUGGAUUGGAAAUGGACGGAACAGGUCGGCUCCUGCCCUCCACCAGUUACGCCGACUACGACUAAUGCUGUGGCCAUCACUGAUGGACGCCGCCGCAACGCUCCGCCUGAUGGGAACUUCGACAUCGGGGAAGCCGCCUUGUCCAAUAGGGUCGACAACGGCGUUGAGAGUCUCAUCAAUCCGGCAGCCCCCAUGCCUUCCCCCGUUGGGGACAACACUGACUUCAAUGAGCUACUCACGGAGAGACGGUCAACAGCCGCUACGACUCCGGGAACAGCAACUGGCACUCCAAGCGACUAUGAUGGACUGGGAAUUUACCACAAUGUGAUUUUCAAUGAGGCCCCGGGGCCCAAUGUAGACCUCUUGUCGGGUGCCAUGACUCCUGAUGGACUCGAUCUCCUUCAAGACCAUGAGCCUAGCGGCCUCGCUGGCGUCUCCUUACCCAAUCUAAGUGAGGUAUUCAGAAACAGCAUACCCACGCCCAGAGGACUCGAGGACCCACCACCAGAGUGCAGUAACGGAGGUGUGCAUGACGGUGUGACGUAG